CUCCGCUUUGAUCAAUGACAACUAUUUCAUAAGAGCGUCAUAUACUACUUUAUCAAAUGACAUACUAUAUUCUAUUGAAAUAUCAACUAACAUUGAAAAAUCUUAUAAAAUAAUGUAUUGGCAUACAUAAAAAAUCAAGAAACUUAAUCCACAUUAAUGAUGGAAGAAAACUGUAAAGAAUUACAUCUCGAUAUCACAGUAGAUCAAAAUGAAAUCGAAAAGGGAGCCAUAGAAAUCAUAAAGCGAAUAAGACCAUCUUGGCCAUUGGAUCAACUACAAUUCAAGUUGUUUACUCAUGGAAUAACCAAUAAGCUUGUAGGAGUAUGGUAUCCAGAUAAUUAUAAUAAUAUGGUUUUAAUUAGAAUUUAUGGACAUAAAACGGAUUUGCUUAUUAAUAGGAAAGAUGAAACAAGAAGUAUUAAAAUAUUACAUAAAGCUGGUUUUACACAUUCCAUUUAUGCAACAUUUAAUAAUGGUUUUGCCUAUCAAUUUCUUGAAGGUGAUAUACUUACCACUGAAACUGUUAGACAACCAGAAAUUUAUAGACUAGUAGCUAAACGAAUGGCAGAGAUGCAUUUACUCGAACCUAAUCAUUGUGAAAUAUCUAAGGAUCCAAUUAUUUGGAAUAAAACUGAAAAAUUUAUGGAGCUUAUGCCCAAAAAAUUUUCUGAUCCUUGUAAACAAUUAAGAUUUAUAAAAUUAAUAAAGCCUUAUGACAUAUUGGAAAAAGAAUAUCAGUUUUUAAAAGAACAGUUGUCAAAUUUAAGUAAUUCUGUAGUAUAUUCACAUAAUGAUCUUUUAUUGGCAAAUGUAAUUUAUAAUCACAAGGAACAUAGUGUAACUUUCAUUGAUUAUGAAUAUACUGCAUAUAACUAUCAAGCCUUUGACAUAGCCAACCAUUUUGUAGAGUUUGCAGGUAUUGAUUCUCCUGACUAUACAUUAUAUCCUGAAGAAAGUUUACAAAAAGCAUGGAUAAAAAUAUAUUUACAAUCAUAUUAUAACAUGAAUAAUGUACUUGAAAGUGAAAUUAACCGAUUGUAUAAUCAAGUGAAUAAAUUUGUUCUUUUAACACACUUCUUUUGGGGUUGUUGGGCUCUUAUACAAAGCCAAAAUUCAUAUAUUGAUUUUGACUUUUUGGGGUAUGCAGCAAUAAGAUUCGAUGAAUAUUUUAAAAAAAAGACUGAAAUGUUUAAUUUAUGAUGAGAAGAAAUCAACUGAACCAAUUGAAUCAACUACUGAUGUCAUUUAUAUAAACAUUCCAUAUAAUUCAUAUGUUACAAAACUUUUGUUCGAUUCACAAAUUUGUAUAUAAGUAUGAAGUAAAUAAGUAGUAAUAAUAUUUCGUAAAAUUGUUCAUGACAAUAUUAUGUAUGUUGUCUUAUAUAUGUUAUGUGUAAAUACAUAAAAGUCUCAACAAUAUAUUGUAUAGUCUUGUUAUAUAAAUAAAAGUUGUUUCAAAA